AUGAUUCACCAUUUACCACAGCACCACUCGCAGCUGGCAAGCGUCUACACAUCUCUGCCUGCGGGGGUACCUACCGGCCUGAACUGCAAUACACGGGAAAGCACAUCCCCGCCAUCCUCUGGACACUCAUCAUUUCUUAUAGACGAUAUACUGGGGAUAUCUAGACCCGCAGUUUCCUCACAGUAUACGGUGCCAUCAUCGUCUCCGUCUGUAUUGUCGUUGUCGUCAUCGUCCAGAUUAUCAUCGUCGUCUCCGUCGCCCUUGCCUCUCUCGUCAUCCGCCCCUGGUAGCGUACGUCUCCAUGGACAACCGACCCACCAUCUUUCGCGUCCGACACCAGUGAACCCCACCACACUGAAUCAAAGGACACCAUUAACAAUCUCAAACGCUGCACCCAUGUCUGGGAAUGCAGUUUACAAGCCAGUAGCUAUGUAUGAUCCAGCAAUAAUGCAAUACGCCUAUCUAAACUGCCAACUCAACUAUAACAACGCCCUUGUCAACCAACUGUAUACUGUCCCGUAUGGUCGACCUGAGUUAGCUUUCUUUGACAGGAGCAACGCAUUUGCUAAAGUGGGUCCCAAACCAUGGCAUUUUUGGAGCCCAUUCCUUCAGCGCCCCCUGCACAAGAGAAAGGGCGGUCAAGUCAGGUUCUCCAAUGAUCAGACGGUGGAGCUGGAGAAGAAGUUUGAGGGCCAUAAGUAUCUGAGCCCGCCGGAGAGGAAGAAGCUGGCGAAAUCCUUACAGCUAACGGAAAGACAGGUGAAAACUUGGUUUCAGAACAGACGAGCAAAAUGGCGACGCUUGAAACAGGAAUCUCCCUCUGGUGACUGUUCAUCACAGACAGAGAGGUCGGGAAAAACCACACCUGACCAUUCCCAAAGGUCUCACCACAGUGGUCACUCCUCAGACGAAGCUGCAGAACAUGACGAUGACUUCGAAGAUGAUGACGACGAUAUUAACGUUUCUGAAGACGAGAUUGACGUCGUCGACGAAAAAACUCAUCCAUUAACGUGA